AUGAGGGUUCUCAUCCUUCUUCUUCUGCACGGUAUUUUCUCAGAGUGCACCCAGGACAGCGACUGCGGGGGUGCGACCGGCGUCUGCAACGUCACGAUCGGCGGCAAGAAGUACUGCUCCAAGUGCGACGGAGCGCGGGUCCCCGUCAACGGAGACUGCAGGCUGCUGAGCCUCUCGCGGGGUAUAUGCAUAGUGCCCACGGGCAGCAACCCCACUCCGGGCUCCUGCUCGGGCUGCAUCCGGGACUUCCUCUUCUACAGGGGCGGGUGCUACCGCACGGCAUCCCUGAUCAACGCCAUAUGCAAGGAGAAGCACAUCGUCGAGGAGGGGAUGUACUGCGGGGCAUGCGCCAUCGAGGGCGACGUCCCGAUCGACGGGGUGUGCGUGCCGGCUGGGAGUGCUGCGGGGAACACGUGCAGUAAGGGCGUGUGCACAACAUGCACAGGCGGCUACUUCCUCCACUACGGGUCGUGCUACAAGUUUGAUAGUUCUCCAGGCAGCAUUGUGUGUCCUAAUCAAUCUGACACCACUGGCUCUGUCUGCGGCUCUUGCGGAUCGAAGUUCGUCAAGAACCCCAGUGCGAGCUCGUCUGCCACCUCCUGCCUCGCGUGCUACGGGCUGGACGGGACUCUCUUCUGCGAGCGCUGCCGGAUGAACGUGCUCACGGGCGCAGACGCGAAGCCCACCCUCUGCACGCAGUGCCAAAUAGGCUACGUGCCCGUCGACGGCCGGUGCCUCUCCAACUACUCCGCCCUGGCCGCGCUCGCCGGGUGCUCCGACCCCCGGGGCAACGGGCUCUGCGACGCGUGCUCCUCCGGCUUCAUGCUCUUCUACGGGAGCUGCUACUCCGUCGACGGCCCCCUCGCCCAGGCCAUCUGCGCGGCCGAGGACCAGAUCUACGUCAACGGCCGGGUGCUCUGCAAGAGGUGCGCCCAGCCCGACCACUACCCCCUGAACGGCGUCUGCAUCGGCCAGAGCUCGGACGGGACCGACGGACACACGUGCAGCGGCGGGUCGUGCACGGCCUGCAGCACCAAGCAGACCGCAGACGGUACCCCCGAGUUCUUCCUGUUCUACAGCGGCUGCUACGACAUCACCCACCCCAUCGGGAAGUCGAUCUGCUCCGCUGUAGCUGAUGGCGCCUGCACAGCAUGCGCGUCCUCGGACUCCUCGAGUGUGAUAACCAUCACUGCAGAUGGCCAGUCAUCCAAGUGCCUCGCCUGCUGGGACGACACGGUGGGGGGAGUAGCCAACUGCGGGGGCUGCUCGCUCGCCAGUGAUGGCCCCGCCAAGGUUGUGUGCACCAGGUGCUCGGACUCGACGGAGCCCGGCGAGGACAAUACGUGCCCCCGAGCCCUCCCGCCCGCAACGCCUGAAGGGUGCGCCGUCCAGGGCUGCCAGGCGUGCUCGAAGGACUCUGCCACGACGUGCGACGCCUGCUUCGAGCCUCUCAUCAUGAAGGAGGACAAGACGAAGUGCUUCGGGAGCUGCCUGGCGCUGGGCCCGGGCUACUACAACGCCAGCGGGACCUGUGCGCGCUGCGUGGAGAACUGUCUCUCCUGCGUAGACGGGACCUCGUGCUCCCGGUGCGCAGACGGGUACUACCUCGAGGUGUCCGGCAGCGACUCCUCAACGGGGGCGUGCAGGCCGUGUGCCGCCGGGUGCUCCACGUGUAAUAACGGCAGCAGCACGGGUUGCACGACGUGUCUCCUCGGAUACUACAUCGCGGCCGAGGGAAAAAGGCAACCUGGGCAGUGCGUGAAGUGUGACUCCGAUGGAAACGGUUAUGUGGGCGUCCAGCACUGCAUUGUCUGCCGCAGCACCGUGGGGGACGGGGGAGCCAAGAACGUCGUCUGCCAGAAGUGCGAGGACGGGUAUCUCAAGGAGACGGACCAGGGCAAGACCGUCUGCGAGGCGCCCCCGCCCACAUGCACCGUGGAGCUGUGCGCUCUGUGCGUGGCCGACGACCCCAAUAGAUGCGAGCACUGCACGGCCGGCGCGUACCUCUGCCCGCGGACGGCGGCGUGCACGAAGGACUGCGCCAGCUGCGGCGGCUCGAUGUACCCCGACGAGGACCUCGGGGAGUGCCAGCCGUGCGACAUUGCGAACUGCCGGGUCUGCGCGACGGGGCUCAAGUGCGAGAGCUGCGCGGAGAACGCCGUCCCCAUCUCCCCGGACGUCUACCACACGGCGUGCAUGGGCUGCAGCGACACCGGGGGCAUGGACGGCUGGGUGGGCCUCGCGGGGUGCACGACCUGCGAGCUGACCGACAAGGGCGGCGGGAGCGUCAACUGCCUCGACCCUGGCUACUACCGGCGGGGCGGGCUCGGCGGGGGAGCAAUCGCCGCCAUCGUCAUCGUCGUCCUCCUCGUCCUGGCCGUCGCCGGCUUCCUCGUCUGGUGGUUCGUCUUCAGGAGGGGCGGCCGGCCCAGACGCGGCGGGACAAAGUACACGUCGCUCAUGCGGGGCGAGUCCUACGACUACCGCCAGUCCCUGAUAUGA